UGCUGCAGAACACACCUCAUCUCCAUUUUAACUGGAGGGAGAGAGCGAGAGAGAUUCAGUCCGAGCCAAUUUACUCUUCAUCUCUAGUGACGGAGAGAGGAGAGCUAGGGAAGAGAUAUAUCAGGAAUCUGAAGAGAUCCACCAACGUGAGACUGAGAGGGAGAAGAGGAAUGUGAAGCAGUUGCAAAGAAAGCAAAUGAAGAAAUGACAGAGAGAUGUAGUCGGUGCUUCAGUUGCGCGAGCCACUACGCUGGAAGUCCUCCACCUGUGGCCAUGAUGUGAGAUCGAUAAUGUGAAAACGAAGGCCGUCUUCGAGCUUCAGUCAUUGUGCAGCCCCAGAUGCUCUACUGCUGAAAUCAAAAUUAAACGUCAAAACACUCGCAUGGGUCCUUGACUACAAAUAGGAACAUAAACACUUCAGUUGUUUUAGUUGUGUUGUGGCUGCUAUAGAAGGCUGUUAACAAUAUAAUUGCUAUCUGUUCACAUUUUAUGAAUAGUGACAAUGAACCAUCUGGCCCUUUUUGCAGACACACCUUAAAACUGUUAAUUGCACAACUUCUCAUCCAUUUGUGGUCCAAAUGACUCGUCUCACAUCCCCAUAAAAAACUCUUUCUCACUUUGUCUGAAUCAGCUGCUGUGACCGGCGAGGAUUAUGAGGCCGACUUUAGUGUUUCUACAUUUGCACUGUCUCCUGCUUGUGUUUGUUGGUGUGUGUGUCCCCAUUGCUGUGGGCUCGCUACCUCACGCAUUACCAUGGCACGUCUCCUGCCCGGUGCGGUGUGUGUGUCAGAUCAAGCCGUGGUUCUCCCCUGACUCUGUCUACCAUGAAGCUCCCACUGUGGACUGCAACGAUCUGCUCUUGACCAAGCUCCCCUUACCCCUACCCCCGAACACACACACCCUGCGCCUGCAGAGUAACCUUCUGUCGGAGCUUGACACCGCGGUGCUGCAUGGACUGACCAAUCUCACCGACCUCGACCUUUCCCAGAACCGUUUCAGCCAUGUCAGGACAAUAAGUCAGAACACCUCCCUGUCCUCUCUACUAUCUCUACACAUGGAGGAAAACCAUCUCAGUCACCUCCCUGAGGCCUCCUUCUCCUCUCUGACAGCUUUGCAGGAACUGUUCCUCAGCCACAACAACUUACACGUGAUAGCACCUGGAGCCUUCACUGAUCUCACCUCCCUACUGCGUCUACAUCUCAACAACAACAGGCUCACCACUGUUGACCCUCGCUGGUUCAGGGCUUUGCCCAACUUAGAAGUUCUCAUGCUUGGUGGAAACCCUGUGGAGGCACUUCCAGAAAGGGGCUUCCUGGCCCUGAAAUCCCUCCGAAGUCUUGUCCUUGGUGGUAUGGGGCUGAGAGGAUUGGCUGAAAACGCACUGGAAGGGUUGGAGGGCCUAGAGAGCCUCUCCUUCUAUGACAACCUGCUGACAAAGGUCCCCACUAAGGCCCUAAUAAAAGUGCCAGGACUGAAGUUCCUUGACCUCAACAAGAACCGCAUUAAACUCGUUGAGACAGGAGACUUCCGAGACAUGGUAGAUCUGAAAGAGCUCGGCUUGAACAACAUGGAGGAGCUGGUGUCCAUUGAAAGAGCCGCCCUGGAGAAUCUUCCAGAGCUCACCAAACUGGAGAUCACCAACAACCCACGACUGUCCUUCAUUCAUCCGCAGGCGUUUCUCCGGCUGAACAGGCUUGAGAGUCUAAUGCUCAACUCCAACUCCCUGAGCGCACUUCACCAGCACAUCAUGCUCUCCCUGCCGAGUCUUCAGGAGGUCAGCUUACACUCCAACCCACUGCGAUGCGACUGCCUGUUUCACUGGGCCGCUGAGGACGCCUCUCACACUCACAUUGAAGACAGACAGACAGAGAAGCAUACACCUCGGAUGGUGCGUUUCAUCCAACCGCUGGCCACGCUGUGCUCUGAGCCCCCAGAGCUGAGAUCUCGCAGGGUGAGAGAUGUGUCCUCCAGGGAGAUGUCGGCCUCGUGCCUCCCCAUGAUCCCAACCAACUCUCUCCCUUCCUACAUUGGGGUAAGAGAAGGAGGAAAACUUGUGUUGCACUGCCGAGCUCUUGCAGAUCCACAACCUGAACUGUACUGGGUGAUGCCCUCUGGACUGAGACUUGGUCAUGCACCGAGCCAGGCCUCCAAGGGUUUACCAAUUCCUGCUCCCUGCCACAGCCUGACCGCCUCUGAGGGGUUCAACAACACAUCCAGCUUUUCUCCUGGUCAGCCUCAGGAUAAUACUGCCUGCAAUCCCUCUCAACACUACCGGCUGCUGCCUGAGGGAACUCUGGAAAUGAACAAGGUCACCCAAAGCGAGGCAGGUUUGUAUACCUGUAUAGCUGAGAAUGCACUGGGAGCAGAUACACACACUGUUACUGUGGGUGUGCAUGGAAGGGUAAAGAAAAGAAAGAGGGGGAAUGCUGCUAAAAUGAAGGGAUAUCAGUUGAGAGUGGAUGCCAGUUUGGAAGUGAGAGAUGUCGGACAACACUAUGCCAUCCUGUCCUGGCAGAGUGGGCGAAACCUUCCUUCAACUCGUCUAUCCUGGCAAGCCAUAUCCUCAAACGCACACACGCCUACAUACACCACACGCAUCCUGGCUGGUACACAGAGCUUCAACCUAACCCACCUUCAGGCGGAGACAUUUUACAGAGUGUGUCUGCAUUUAGGGAUCAGUGAGGGUGCAAAGCGUGCCAGCAGGAGAUCAAGAGAGAGCAGAAAGUCUCAGUGUGUUUCUUUCAGGACGAAGGAUGUCCCAGAGCCUCAGCCCAGCCUGCAGCUAAGCCCAGAGCUGACCUCCACCGCAGUCACACUACUGCUCCUCGCACUCAUACUGCUGCUGCUGGCAGGCCAGGGAGGGGACAAUGAGCCUGGCGAGGGGGCAGGAAAGCACAACAGUACCAUCCUCAAGGAAGUCAAAAGUCCUAAAGUUCUGAUCAUCAAUCAUACAGACGGAAGCACUGCACAUUAGCCGAAACAGAGUGAGGAACUGCUGUUGCAUCAUGACUGCUGAGAUAGUUAUGUUUGUGCUUAUCAAAUACAGACAAAAACACUGAUAUACUCACACACACAUAGAUAAUGUCAAAUAUUACCUUGUAAAUCGCAGCUUAAAGAGAGGAGUCAUGAAUUCAUUAAUUGAUGUAGAAAGAGAUUUGUAUUUAUUUUAUAUACCAUAUAAAAUAUAUAUUGACAUUAUUUCUGUGUAAAGUUGUAUUGUAAAUGCCCAAACCCUAACCAGGGAAAUACAAGUGGACAAUCCGAGUGCUGCAGCACAGUGAGGGAUCUAAGGAGGAACAAAUGACUGAGCUGUCGAUGGACUGAAAUGAAAGAUGACAUUAUGUAAGCCAGUGACGGAUAUUUGCAGAGGUGAGCAGUCCAAAUCUCCAGAGUGUCCGUCUUGUUUCCUGUCUACAUGUCCACAGAAUCAACCAUUCUCUCUCUGAGCAGAUGAAACUGUCUUGAGACAUAAACUGAAAGAAAUCCCUAAUUGAUAUAAACAUCCUUUUUUUCUUAGCUUUCACUACCUUAAACUGGGUUGUCAUGUGGAUUACAUUAUACAGUAAACUCAUCCUGACUUCCUCCCGAACUCCCCGUAUCUUCUUUCAGCAUUUAAGUGGUCUAAAAGUGAUUGUGUUAAACUCUAUUUUGAGCUAUUAUACAAUAAAAUCUUUUUAAUUUACACAAUUUUACUGUCUAUUUAAGUUCUUCUUGUCUCAAACAUGGUGUGAAUAUAGCAUGACAGAUGAGAGACCUUAAACUCUAUACGUACAAUUAAAAGCAUAUUAGGGAUUCACCUGCAGUUGCUUAUCUGUAUGCAGCUGGCAUUACUCCACUGUAGGAGUAUGAUAAUAUCUCAGGAUAUCUGACACCUAUACAGUAAACACAAGACACUGUGUGUCCCCUGCUGGACAAUAUCUGAAACUGAGAAAUUCUAACUAAAGACAUGCAGUAAAUCAACUCAAGUAAAAAUCUCACAUAGAGGGUUUUUCUGUAUGAAAUUCUCAUUGUGUGUACUCACAAACAAUGCUUCUUUCCCGAGCUGUGGCACAUGGAAUAUCGAUCUAAAAUAAAACAUUGAUUUCUCUAACCAAGACACAUAUAUAAAUUCAGCUGGAGUUGAUUUACAAAAUUGUGUUGGAUAUUAUAUUGUGCUGUAGGUUUGAUAUCCUUUUAACCAACGAUAAAAAUGAUGGCCUAAUUAGAGCUUUUGUGUAUCAAAGGUGUGAAAUUGAUGUAAUUGUUGGUGAAUUUGUUUUUAAGCU